AUGGCUUGGCUGUCAAUUCUGCGGGGCGGUUUCAAUGCCUUAUUCUAUCCUACUCUUUACCUAGUGCGCUGGGCAUAUACACUGCUGCGCAUUCUGACCUCGCCAUUGGUAGCACUGGGCUACUUCGCGGUUCAAAUUAUCUUCCUGCCUUUGAGGAUACUUGUCAAGUUUGAGGCCCUAUUUGCCUUCCUUGCGAUUGCCAUCCUGGCAGGAGUCGGCAUUGGAUUGAUCUUGUUCGGCACGACUACAAUUACCGUCGAGACAGCAGAUCGGCUGAUAAAGUUUAUACUGGGUACCGCUGCCCGAAAGUUCUAUGGGAAUGACGAUGAUCUCCCCGAUGACACUGCGAAGACGACGCCUUCUGCAAGCAAUCCCAGUAUUGAGGAUGACUACUUCACAGCUUGGCACGGGAGGCAAGCUUCAAGGGAUCUAAGAAAGGCUGCUCUUCUAGCCGACACGAUUGUCGAGGAAGAGGAGGCCAGCCGCAGCUCGAGUCAUUCUAGAUAA